UGUACACUACAAUUAUUGAUAUUUUUUCUGAAAAGAAAAUGAGAAGUUUUACUUCAAUUUUAAUUGUCGCUGUCAUCAGUUUGGUGAUAAUGGCAACAUCAACAGAUGCAGCGAAGCGUAAAGGAUUCAAAGCAUGGAGAGGGAUUAUGAAGUCAAUUAUUGUGCUGUUAUUUGUGGUAGCGGUGGUAUUCGCUGAGAAAUAUAACUCAAAAUAUGAUAAUGUGGAUGUCGAUGGAAUUCUUCAAAAUAAUCGAAUUCUCACAAGUUAUAUUAAAUGUAUAUUAGAAACUGGAGCAUGUACUGCUGAGGGUCGAGAACUUAAAAAAACACUACCAGACGCAUUGGUGACUGGUUGCGCGAAAUGUAACGAUAAACAAAAAGUAACUGCUGAAAAAGUAAUUAAACAUCUUAAAAAAAAUAAACCCCGUGAAUGGGAUCAACUCAUUAAAAAAUAUGAUCCAGAGGGAAAAUAUCAACAACGUUAUGAUGAACAUAAAGUUUCGCAUGCCUGAAAAUUAAAAAAAAAAAAAAACUAAAAAAAGAGAAAAAAAGAAAAAAAAAAUGUAAACAAAAUAAUUUCAACAAAAAAAAUAAUAAUUUUUUUUUUUUUGUUCCAAAAAGGUAUUAUAUUUUAAUUUGUAUAUUUAUAAGAAUUAAAAAAAAAAUAAGUAAAAA